AUGCUAAUUUUCUUGAGGUGGGGGCAGAAAAAUUGGCAGAUUGAGGUUAAUGGUACCCCUAUGUAUAGAUUGUUGAGGAAGCUGAAAAGGUUACAACCUUGUCUUAGAGCUUUGAAUAGGAAAGUUACUAAUGAGGUCAAGAAGAUUCAUGAGUAUAGAGACCAAGUAACUCAAGCCCAACAAAAAUUGAAUCGGGAUCUGUUUAAUACUGAUUUGAUGCAGGAAGUGAGAUUGCUAUAUGAGAAACUUAUGCAGGCUAAUGAAGAGGAGGAUAUAAUUCUCAGACAAAUAUCCAAGGUGGAUUGGAUAAAUUUGGAGGAUGCUAACAAUGCAUACUUCCAUGCGAUUAUUAUAGGAAGAAACAAAAUGAAUGGAAUACACAACUUAAUGGACAUUAAUGGUAACAAUAUUACUGAUUCUAAAGGGAUGGAACAAGAAACUCUGAAGUUUUACAAAGAGCUCAUUGGUACAUCUACUCAAAGCCUUAGACAUGUGGAUGUUGAGGUGCUGAGGAAAGGGAAGCAAUUACAAGAGAAUAGCAGGAAUAGUCUGAUCAGUCUUAUUACUGAAAAAGAGGUGAAAUAA